AUGGCCGCCGUCUUCCACGCCAGCACCCCGGCCGGUGCUCGUCUAGAGCGCGGCGGCGAAGUUGGCAAUCGCCUGGCGAGCGGCGGGCGCGGCACCCGCGCCGGUCGCCGCACCCGCACCAGCAGGCGCCGAAAACGCCCGCCCGAGUCUGAGGUCUUACUCGCCAGCCACCGCAUGGGGGAGGCCAGUGUUUGGCGGCCCGACGACCGUGUGCUGGUGGUGGGUCUGGUGGGUAGGCCUGAGCUCAACGAUCGCGCCGGCGCGGUCAUCUGCCGGGAUCGUGCGCGUGGACGCUUUGCUGUGCAGCUGGAUGGCAACCCACUCACCGGUGUAGAGCCUGAAUGCGUGCUGCUCAAGCCGGUCAACAUGCGGGCUCAGACGGCAGCGGAUGGUUCGGGCUGGCUGCCAACUGUUGCAACGCUCCAAGCAGAGGCCCACAUGCAUGAAGCAGAGCGGCUGCGAGCCACUGGUCAAGAUCCCGGCCGAGCAGUUGCUGCUGCCAUCCUCGCAGCGGCAGAGGCGGGUGAUGCCGAGGCGCAGUUCGGACUCGCUAAGCUUUCGUUGGGAGCAGCUGAAGACGGGCGCGAAACGGGCGCGAUCGAAGCGUUCUCGUGGCUCAGGCGAGCUGCUGAGCUCGGACACGUCGCGGCGCAACACAACCUUGGGCUCUGCUAUGAGCAGGCCAAGGGAUGUGUCGCAGACCCCGUCAGCUCACUCGCGUGGUUUCAAAGAGCAGCGUUCAAAGGCUAUCCGGCCAGCUGCCGUCAGCUCGGCAUGAUGCACGAUCGAGGGAUCAAUGGAGCUACCAACCCGCAAGAGGCUGUGCGUUGGUAUCGAAGGGCGGCUGAGAGCGACGACGCUGAGGCCGCGUACAAUUUGGGCGUGUGCUAUCAUCUUGGAAGUGGCGUUGCCCAAAGCGAUUCUGAGGCGGCGCGGUGGUACAGAGUGGCAGCGGACCUGGGCGACGGUCACGCCCAGUCCAACCUGGCAAUUUCUUUUGAGAGGGGGCAAGGCGUCCCCAAGAAUUUGACAGAGGCGGUACGCUUCUACCGUUUGGCCGCUGCGCAGGGCGUGACCAAGGCGUGCAGUAACUUGGGCUUCAACUUGCUGCAUGGGCGCGGCACCGCUGUCGACGCUGUCGAGGCGGUCAGGUAUUUGCGGCAGGCUGUUGCUCAGGGGAGCAAGCGUGCGAUGUGCAACCUGGCCUACUGCUACGGCGCUGGCCUUGGUGUCGAGAAGAGCCUUGAGCGUGCACGCAAGCUCUUGCAGGACGCGUCUUCGCCAGGAUAUGUCGCCAGCUCGACUGGCAUGGGCAGGAGCGAAGGGCCUGAGCCAGCGCAGCUGGACUACGCGCGGGCCAUGGCAGCACAACUUGAGCUCUCACCUCUCGAAGACUCGCCCACCUCUCCGCCAGUCGCACCGCAACCGGCCCUGCCGCCAAAGCCUGAGAGCAUAUGCCGAGCCCGUGUAGACGACUUUCAGCUGGAGUUUCACUGCGCCACGUGUGGCGCAUCCGUUCACAGUGGUAUCAAGCUGCGCCGGUGCCAGGGCUGCAACGUGAGCUGGUACUGUGGCAAUAAGUGCCAGAAGAAGGCGUGGAAGCGGCUUGGCCACAGGACCAGGUGCGGCGCCGCAGCUCCGACAAGACAGUCUAUCACACGGGCGGACGCUGCUGAGGCGGUCGCGGUUUUACGAGAGUGGCAUGGCGUGCACAGCAUCCUCCCACUCGUCGCCCUCUACCGCGUGUCGAAGCUCUGCGACGACGGAGGCAGUGCGAUGCAGCUCCUCACCGAUGAGGACCUGUUCAAGGCGAGUGUGCUAGUGAUGCAGGCGCACCCCUGGGCUGCAGACUUGCAGGCUCUGAACGCUGACGUCAUCUGCGCGCUGUGCGGUGGGUACACGCCCGAAGCAAUGGCGCGUCGGCAGCUGGCAGCCGAGGCUGGGGUGCUCGAGGCGACGGUGCUGAUCUUGCGCACUGUCGGUCUCGAGGAUGCCCAAUGUGCCGCCGCGAGCGUCGUGUUGGCAAUGAUUGUGCUUGGUGCCGGUGAAAACAACGACGCACGCGCCCGCCAGCUGCGGGCUGUGGAGUGUGGUGGGCUUGAGGCAACAGCAGCGGCCAUGCGGGCCUACCCGGAGCACGAGAUGACGCAGAUCCACGGCUGCAUGGCGCUGGGCAAUCUGUGUUGGGGGCAGGAUGAUGCGGGUCUCUUGUGCAAGGUGCGGGCUGCUGCUGUCGGAAGUCUCGAUGCCGUGGUAACGGCCCUUGCGGCGCAUCCCCAGAGUGCCGAGCUCCAGGCAGCCGGAGCGCUGGCACUGGUGACGCUCACCAGCGGGACCACGGCACAAAACAUAGAGUGCAAGCAGCGUGCGAGCGACUGCGGCGCAUCCCGGCAUCUCGCUGCGGCCAUCCGCGCCCACGUUCGAAACCAGCGGGUCGCUGAGGAGGCGUGCUCAGCUAUCGCGACCAUCGCCGUCGGCUCCGAUAGCUGUGGCCAGGAUAAUGCGCGGUGUGGCCAGGCCGCCGCAGACGCUGGUGCUUUGGAAGCAGCCAUCCUCGCCAUGCGCUCCCAUCCUGAGAGUGAGAUGGUGCAGUACAUGGCGUGCAGCGCCGUGAACAAUAUCUGCACCAGCUCCGAAGUGCUUAGGCAACGCGCUGUUGCGCUGGGAGCCAUCGAAGAGGUGGUUCAGGCUAUGCGCCGUUCUGCCAAGGCACGCGAGUCGAAGGCACUAGCCAACCUCGUCGGAGGUGAAGUGGCCGGCGCCGAGCGUGCUCGGCAGGCUGGUGCGAAUGAAAGCUGGAUUGAAAUGACACACUGCAUGGCUGGGCGGGUCGCGCUCGGCUCGCCGAUGAUAAUCUUUGUCCGUGCUACGGCUUUCUUUCAAGAGCCGCAGGUCGCGGACUUCAUCGCGAGAAUCCCUAACCAGUAA